GGCUGGGGAUCUGAAAGCCUCAGGUGGAGUCUGUGAGGUCGCCCUAUGUCGUGAGCGGAUUUCCUGGACAUCCUGAUUCCUCUACAAAGACGUAGUUAGAUUAGCUGGUGUCCGUAAUUGCCGUAGUGUGUAUGUGCUUACAUGUGCCUUGUGCUGGACUGCCAUCCCAUCCUGUGUGCGCUAUUUCAUAGGUUUUAUUUUUAACUCUCGGAAUUAUGAAUAUGUAUAUACCUUAAAAGCAAGCUUUGUCUAAUAUUUUUUUAGAUGGGGUUUAGCCGGUCACGUGAAUGGCGCUAUGCAUCUUUCCGAAAAUAAAGGCCGGUAAGUAGACGACAAAGCUUAGCGACAGGUCGGCUGGACUGUCCUCUACCGCGGAACUGGCCUCCAUGUCGGCGCCUUUAAGAGGGGAAGUGACGGAUGUGGCCGCGGCUUCGCCAGCGCCGCCGCCUCCACGUCCUCCCGGCCCCAGCUACCGCAGCGGAAAGAUGGCCGCGGUGGAGCGACAGCAAGUUAAGGAGGGGCUGCGGAUCGCGAUGCUCUGCGCCUGCUGGUACACAGUCAGCUCCGGGGGCAACGUGAUCAACAAGAUCAUCCUGACCGGCUUCCCGUACCCGGUCACCGUGUCGCUCUUCCACAUUUUGUCCAUCGUCAUCUUCCUGCCGCCGCUCUUGCGGGCUUGGGAGGUCCCGAAGACUGAACUGUCUAGCAAAUGCUACCGAUGGUACAUUUUGCCCUUAGCCUUCGGAAAGUACUUCGCGUCCGUGUCGGCUCACUUCAGCAUAUGGAAGGUGCCCGUCUCCUACGCGCACACAGUCAAAGCCACAAUGCCAAUAUGGGUUGUGCUGUUAUCACGAAUCAUCAUGAAGGAGAAACAAACAGCAAAGGUGUACAUAGCGCUCAUCCCCAUCAUCGGGGGGGUGCUGCUGGCCACCGUCACUGAGCUCUCCUUUGACCUGUCUGGCCUGAUCAGUGCGCUUGCUGCCACCCUCUGCUUUUCUUUGCAGAACAUUUUCUCCAAAAAGGUACUACGAGACACUCGGGUGCACCACCUGCAGCUCCUGAACGUCCUGGGCUUCAACGCCGUGCUGUUCAUGGUGCCCACUUGGGUGCUGGUUGACCUGUCUGCCUUCUUAGUGGAUGGAGAUCUGGCUGGGAUACUCAGCUGGUCCGGAACCUUCCUGCUGCUUCUGGUCAGCGGAUUCUGUAACUUUGCGCAGAAUGUGAUCGCCUUCAGUGUGCUGAACCUGGUCAGCCCGCUGAGCUACGCUGUGGCAAACGCUACCAAGAGGAUCAUGGUGAUCAGCAUCUCGCUUCUCAUGCUGCGCAACCCUGUAACCUUCACCAACAUGCUGGGCAUGUUGACGGCCAUCUUGGGUGUCUUUCUCUAUAACAAGGCCAAAUAUGAUGCCAACCAGGAGGCCAAGAAGAAGCUGCUCCCCGUGUCUAAGGAGGAUAUGGUUUCCUUCGAGCAAGCGGGCACCGUCUCCGAUGCCAUGCAGCCCAACGGCUCCGGGCCCUUCUCCAAGGCCACAGAGCUACAGUAUGCCCGCAGCAGCGUCCUCACCGACCACUUCCAGUACAGCCGGCAGGCCUACACGAUGGGCUAUGGAUCCAACCAGUACGACGUCUAGGCUGCUGCCAAGCGGUUACUAUGUCCCUUUCUGUGUGACCCCCCCCCCCCACCCCCCA